AUGUUUCGAAACCCGCCAACGCGAGUCUUGCUGUCCGAUUACGAGGUUUUUCAAACCAUACACGCAAUUUGUACUCAGAGACUCAUGACCCUAAGUCUUGCCUAUUGCCCCCCAUUGAGCGAAGAAGAUGAAAGUGAAGGUGAAGCCGAAUUCCAUCAGGUCUCGCCGAGUAUGAGCUAUACCAGGUCAUCUUCGGUACAGUAUCCCAUGUCCGAAGGCGACAGGCGGGCCUGCGAUGUUUUGAAAUGCUAUCAAGACACGAAGGUUUAUAUCAAUUCAUCAACGCCGGAUUCAGAUGAUUUGCCUGCGCAUUCGGCUGGAUCUCACACAGCGUUAGACACUCGCUCUACCAACCCUAGCGAGACUUAUCAAUCCGAAGAUCAAGAUUUCCUCGAGAUACCUGAUUCCCAAAUGUCUUCAACGUCCCAGGAAUCAUCUACCGAUACCACACCACCUGCAACGAUCAUCUUCUCGCCAAGAUCUCCUGAGCCAACUCCUCGACCCCGCAGAAUGCACAGAUCGGUUUACUAUGGAAAUUUCCCCGUCUUGCAAGUUCAAGUACCAGAGAUCUAUGAAUGCAUCCCAGGCAUGGUCAUAUCUGAUAUCAUGUCUGGAAGUGGUUCGAUGAACUUGCAUGGCAAGUCGGACCCCCAGCCCAACUCACCCGAGAUGUAUAUUCCCGUCUUCCGCUCAGACGAAAUCAACAUGCGAAUUGGAGUCGGUACAUGCUUGCACAGCCUCCCAAAGAAAACAGUUCGGCGGCGAUCGUAA